AGAAGCCAGAAGGAUGCCAGUCACACGUCGGGGCCCCGCUGCUCCCCCCUUUUGGACCGGGCGGGUGAUCCCGGUCCACCCCAGGAAGGUUACCCAGCUCACACAGAAGCGCGCUGGGCGACAGGGGAAAGUGGAACCUCACCAAACAUGGCAGACGCGCCGUGGCCUCCACGAACCAGCGCUGACCAAGACGACAUUCUCACCAGGCUAGACCAGCACUUCACAAAUUUUUGGUGGCAAUUGGAACGGCGGAUGAGAUGUCCUGCCCCUCCACCUGCGAAUACUCACCGCAUACCACGAAAUUCCCCUCCCAAGCCCUCAGCUCCACCAGCGGAUAAAGUACCAACAUGGCGGCGGAUCAAGUACCGUACUUCACCCAGACGCAAAGCGGCACCACGGAA